ACAACGCAGCAAGCACUCAUAGCUUGUCAAACAGCUAGCUCUUGCAAAACUAGCUUCUAGCCACAGCUUGUUGGCAAGCCGCGUAAAUGGGCAAGGAGGUCGACGUGUCCACUCUGGAGGCCGGCGGCGCCCGUGACUACGCGGACCCGCCGCCGGCGCCGCUGGUGGACAUCGACGAGCUCGGCAAGUGGUCCCUGUACCGCGCCGUGAUCGCCGAGUUCGUGGCCACGCUGCUGUUCCUGUACAUCACGGUGGCGACGGUAAUCGGGUACAAGCACCAGACGGACGCGUCGGCGUCGGGCCCCGACGCGGCGUGCGGCGGCGUCGGCAUCCUCGGCAUCGCGUGGGCCUUCGGCGGUAUGAUCUUCAUCCUCGUCUACUGCACCGCCGGCAUCUCCGGCGGCCACAUCAACCCGGCGGUCACCUUCGGCCUGUUCCUGGCGCGCAAGGUGUCCCUGGUGCGCGCGAUCCUGUACAUGGCCGCGCAGUGCCUGGGCGCCAUCUGCGGCGUCGCGCUCGUCAAGGGCUUCCAGAGCGGCUUCUACGCGCGCUACGGUGGCGGCGCCAACGAGGUCAGCGCCGGGUACUCCACCGGCACGGGGCUCGCCGCCGAGAUCAUCGGCACCUUCGUGCUCGUCUACACCGUCUUCUCCGCCACCGACCCCAAGCGCAACGCCCGCGACUCCCACGUUCCGGUGCUGGCGCCCCUGCCAAUCGGGUUCGCGGUGUUCAUGGUGCACCUUGCCACGAUCCCGAUCACCGGCACGGGGAUCAACCCGGCGAGGAGCCUCGGCGCCGCCGUCGUGUACAACAACAACAAGGCCUGGAGCGACCAGUGGAUCUUCUGGGUGGGUCCGUUCAUCGGCGCCGCGAUCGCGGCGCUGUACCACCAGAUCGUCCUCCGCGCCAGCGCCAGGGGGUACGGCUCCUUCCGGAGCAACGCCUAGGCCGGCGACCUCGUCGUCGUCAACAUCUACGGCCGGCCGGCUGUGGCCGUGACUGAGCUCUUCCUCCUCCGGAGUUUAAGUUGAACGGAGAGGGAGAGAACCGGCGUGGUUAAUGCAGUGGCAGUAACUUCAGUCAAAUGAGUGUGAAGCGUGCAGUGCUGGUAGCACAAGUGUUUGUGUGUGCAUUGUGUGGUGCGCGUGCUGCGGAAAGCGAGUGUAAUUUUUUCACGCCUGUGUAUCCAUGUGCCAUAAAAGUCAAUAAAUAAGAGAGUUGAUAUACUUUA